UUACCCAGAAUGCCCUUUGGGAAACACUGCGCUGGCAGCCUCAAUAGGUUUCUGCCGCGCACGGAGAAGACUGUGCGGAAUAAAGUCAAAACUCCAGUCGUGUUGUGUGCCUACAGCGAAGAAACGAAAAAACUUAAUCGGAGAAGUUCAUGUUACGGACCUACAUUAACUAGUAAUUGCCUUGAUCUAAGGAGUUUUUACAAUAUUUAAAUACCGAGGGUUAUACAAAUGUAGCGACGAAGAAAAAGGAGCUUUAAGUGCACCACGUAAAGCAACAGAGGAAUUAGUAUUUUGUCGGGCUAAUAACGUUAGUGUAGCGUUCAGUGUAGUUCAGAGGCGGUUUGCUUGUGGACCGUUUGCUGUUGUAACGGAUCUUCAGGGGGGGGGGAAUAUUACAACUUCGACCCACAGUGGAGUGUUUUUGAGGAAGAGUCGGUUCGGUCUUCCGCGCCCUUGGCUUGCUGCUGCUAAAGUUCCCCGGCGGUAAGGUGCAGCCACGCCGGGGGAAGGCACAGCGCGACGGCCGCUACUCUCCGGCUAGCUCGCCCGCUGCUUCUGUUUCUUGGAUCGGGGCCUUGUCGGUGAGGCUACAAUGCUUGACAUAAUGUCUGAGCACCAAGAUUCACUGUUGUCAUGCAAAACGGAACCUUUGCCCCCAGAGAGGAAAAAGAGGACCGUUGAAGACUUCAACAAGUUCUGCAGCUUUGUCCUGGCGUAUGCAGGUUACAUCCCCAGUCCAAAAGAGGAAAGUUCAUGGUCUCCAACAUCAUCCAGCUCUGCACACAGUUCAGGGUUGUCAGCAGACGGAGGUGGUGGAGGAAGCAGCUCCACUGGCAACACUUGGGCAGACGGAAGCUCUGACAUCCAUACCAUCCAUACAUUUGUUCGUAAAGCUCGAGCAAAUAAGGGCAAAAAUAUUCGCCGUAUGCACUCUGAUAGCACUCUGCUGGACAAGAUGCGCCUUAAAGACUCUUUGUACGAGAGCCAGGCCAGCUCUAAGGCCGAGCGCAAGAAGGACAAAAAACUGAAAAAGCUGUCACUGGGUUCUGCCAUGACGGCGGCAGAUAGUGGCAGUAGUGAAGGCGAAAAAAGAGCCCGCAUCAAACGCAGCAAAAACUCAAAACAGCCAAAGCCUAAGAAGCUUAAAACUUCCGCGGCUCAAAGUGAGACAGACUCUGAGGCACGGCAUACGCAUACAGAGGUACGACCCGCCAGAGAGGAGCUGACGGAGCACGGGGGCUCCACCGCAAGCAUGGAGGGCCUGGGGAAGACGGAGCCAGACGAGUCCCUCAGGGAAGCAGAGAUGAGCUCCAGUGAGGGUGAGACCUGGAUCGCCGAUGAAGACAUUAUGGUGGAGUCAGGGGACGAUUCAUGGGACUUGAUCACCUGUUACUGUGGGAAGCCAUUCGCAGGACGGCCAAUGAUCGAGUGCAACCAGUGCGGCAUUUGGGUGCACUUGUCGUGUGCAAAGAUCAAGAAGUCCAACGUUCCAGACAUCUUUUACUGCCACAAGUGCAGGGACUUGCGGCGGUCUGGACACAAAAAAGACCCGUAGGCAUGACGAGGAUGGGAAGGACAAGGAGCGCCGCCCUGUUUUUGCUGUCCUCUUGACAAUUGUUUUCUUUGAUGCCUACAGCCAAAACAGCCUAAAGUAUCACCUGGAUGGCAACUGUAUUGUCAGUUUGUAGGAUUUCUUUUGACAAUCACAACCAUUCUUAUUUAUCCCUCACGGUUUCUUUUUCUUUUCUUACUUUUUGUUUGGCGACUGAAGAACUGGACAGAAGGUGACAGUGGAGAAUCAUUUAUUUGUUACUAAUUAAUUCCUUCAUUAAUUGGCUUUAUUGUUGUAUACUGUGCUUGUGACGUGCACAUAAACUUUCACACUUACUCUCAUAUUCACUGAAGGUGUAUUUUGACUUGUAAAUUAUUUCUCGAGGAUUUUAGACAAAUCAGUGGAAAUUUCCUUAAGUGUCUCAAGGAGUACCCUUUUCGGGUUGAUGGCCCUCAACUUCGAAUCAAUGCAAGUUUUACACAUUGGCAAAACAUUUAUAGCGUAAGAGUUGCAAAAUGUCAACCCUGUUAUUUGUUUAGAACUAUGUGAUAAUGAUAGACAGGCAGCUCAUUUUUUAUUUGUGAUCGUAUUUUGGCGAUUUUAUUUUUGAGUUUGCAUUUUUGUUUUGGUUUGUCAGUGAUGAUCACUGAACUUCAACAUGUAGAGAUGUCACUCCUCUAGAAUAAGUGAUCUUUAAAUUCAUAGAAUCUGUCUACAUUUGCUGUUUUGCAUCUGCAAUUGGAUCUAAAUUGCUACAUUUCAAAUUGCACACAGACAAUUCUCUCGGCAGUGCACUUUUUAAAUAUAUAUAUAUACCCAAAUAUCAUUCCACUGCAUACAUGGGUGGUAUUUGGUAUAUGAUGAGCUUCGGCUGAUUUAAAUCUGUACUUGGCAUGUAGCUGUGUACAUUCACGACUGAGCGCUUAAUGUUUCUCCCUGUCUGGCUUGUUGGUCAAUGAUAGCCAUUUACCAUGAACGACAUUUCCAUUGAAAGCUGUUAAAUUUUGAUGUCUUUGUUUCAUGUGUGGUUUUUAGUUUUUCAUGUUUCAAAGCUCACCUGACAUGAGGGCGUAAUGUCGCCCUAAGACGAAUGGUUUGGCAGUCCCUUUACACUAUCAAAAAGUGGCUCUGAGGCUCAUUUACGAAUGGUUGUAAAAUAUUGUUUUCCUGUUUCAUGUAAUUGUUUAUUUCUUAGCUUUCUGAGAAGCGGGAUUAGAGAUGCGCCCGCAUCAGAGAAUGGACAUAAGAUUGUCUCACAUCGAGAACAAAGUUGUAGUGUACAGAAAAUAAGUUGACGCCGCGUAGGUUGUGGCGUUUGUUUAUGUUGUUUGGUUUUACCAUGUGCUUUUUCUUUUGUUGGUGGGAGAGUCUUGGUAAGUCUCCAGUAGCAGUUGCACUCUCUCUACAACUUCAAUUCUUGUGUACAUAUCCUGUUCUUUGACAACUGUACAUAUGUGAAAGUGAAGAGAGAAAAUACCCAAGCAAAAUCUAUAUUUUCUGCAGUCUGAUAUUGUUUUCUUUAAUUGUAGCUUGAAAAAUAAAAGUCUUUGGGAACAUAAUGGGGGUAUUUUAAAUCAUUUGUAUUGAAAGUACACAUAAAAAAAGACUUUUGAAA